AUGCCUGACCUAGACAUUGCUAAAGUUCAGACACCGUCUAAUGCUUAUAAAAUUGUUAAAAACGCUAUCUCAGGAACUUUGGGGGGAAUAGCAGUAUGCUUGAUUGGUCAUCCGUUCGAUACGUUGAAAGUACGACUGCAGACUCAAAGUGUAGCGAAUCCAGUUUACGUUGGAUUGCGUGACUGUUUCAUAAAGACAUUGCGAUGGGAAGGCAUAGCCGGUUUAUACAAAGGAGUUGGUUCCCCUCUUGUCGGGCAAAUGUUUUUUCGUGCAACUUUAUUUACAACAUAUUUUCAGUCACAAGAAUUCUUUAAACGAAAUAAGGAUAACCAUACUAGACUUAAUGGCAGCGAAUAUUUCCGAUGUGGGAUGUAUACUGGCUUCAUUGUUUCAUUUAUAGAAGGACCAAUCGAUUUGUUUAAGUCUAAAAUGCAAACUGAAAUUAUGAAAGUAAAACAAGGUCAACCUGCCAGUUAUCGUAAUGUAUUCCACUGUGCUAGUGUUAUAUCUCAAAAAUAUGGAAUUAGAGGAAUCUAUCAAGCAUUACCUGCUGUCUGCCUACGAAAUAUACCAUCCAAUGCCUUUUACUUUGGUUCUUUUGAAGCAUUGAUGACGUAUAUGACUCCAAAAGGGGGCACUACGGCCGACUUAUCAGCCUCAGAUCUACUCCUUUCUGGUGGAAUAGCUGGGUUUUUAUACUGGUUUGUGACUUACCCUACUGAUGUAAUUAAAUCAGCAAUGCAAGCUGAUGCUUCAGAAGUUACAAAGAGGAAAUAUCCAAGCAUUUUACAAUGUAUACGAACUUUAUACCAAGAAGAAGGUUGGAAGAGAUUUUAUAGAGGUUUUACGCCUUGCCUGAUGCGUUCUAUUCCAGCUAAUGCGGUCAUGCUGUUUGUGGUACAAAAAGUUCGUGUGUUGUUAAAAUUAUGA